UAAUUACAAUUGUACUAUACUCUAUUUUUUAUGGGCUAAAAUACAUAUAACGUGAAAUGUACCAUUUUAACCAUUUGUAAGUGUACAGUUAAGAGGCAUUAAGUACAUUCAUAAAUUGUUCAACCAUCACCAACAUCCGUCUCCAGAACUUUUUAAUCAUCCCAAACUGAAAUUCUGUACCCAUUAAACACUAACUCUCCACUCUUCUACCCCCCAGCCCUGGCAACCACUAUUCUUUCUGCCGCAUAUAAGUGGAAUCAGACAAUAUUUAUCCUCUUGUGCCUGACUUAUUUCACUUAGCAUAACAUCAAGGUUCAUCCAGAUUGUAGCAUGUGUCAGAAUUUCCUUCCUUUUUAAGUCUGAAUAAUAUUCUGUUGUGUGCACAUGCCCCAUUUUAUGUAUCCACUCACCAGGUAAUGAACAUUUGGGUCAUCUUCAUGGCUGGUAUGAAUAAUGGCUACUAUGAACGCUAGCGUACAAAUGUCUGUUUGAGUCUCUGCUAUCAGCUGAAGUGGGAUUGCCGGAUUGUAUGAUACUUACAUGUUUAUUUUUGUGAAGAACUUCCAUACUGUUUUCCACAGAACCUUUGUGGUUUUAAGUCACCAAGAUGUGGGUUGUUACAGCAGGAUAACCUCGCCUAUCCUGACUGAUACUGCUCCUCACCCCAGAUGAUCUAGGAUCAAUCAUGAUUCAGGUCACAGUGGGGCAGACACAGUGAGAGGGUGUAGAAGUCCAAAGACUAACUCAAUCUGAACUGGACCCAGUGUGGUAUGUGGUAAGAAGGGCAGAGUGGGGUCAGCCAGCAUUGAUAUGGCUCUUCUUGGGACCACCUGGAGGGUCCUCCUCAUGCCAAAGAUGUCAUGGUCAGGCUCUGUAACUGACCCUGGAGCUUCUUCCAGAAUGCAAACCCCCUAACAUAGUCCCCUUGGGCCUCUUGACCCCAGCAACACAGGCAUCCGAGGUCACACACAUCAUGCACUCCCAAUGAUUUCAUCACAAAUAGUCCUACUGAAAAGAAACUUACACAUGCCCAUCUUGACCUUGAGAAUUUCAGCUUGUUAAGAACAGCUAUAAUGUUUUAAAGGUGUGGUGUGGUAAUUUCAAAGUCAGAUGAAUCAGGCUUUGAAUCCUGGAUCUCCCACUUCCCAGCUGUGUGGCUUUAACUAAGCCUCAGUUUUUUCAUCUGUAGAGUGAGGAUGAUACAAAUAACUUCACGCGGUUGGUAAGGAAUAAGAGAAGUGUCAAGUCUGGUGCCUGGCACAUAGGAAACUCUCAGUAAACAGCCACUGCUAUUUGGGAGAAUUAUAUAAGCCUUUGAGGAAGGGAGCAGUAUGGCAGCCAUCUUUCUAAACAUGGUCUUCCCCUCAGCCAAGCUUUAGUUGUCCUGAUGUUGAAAAUAAAGUGGCAAGGAGCCUGCAGUGCACACAGUCAUCCAACCAAGGUUUACUGAGGACCACUGUGUGCCAAGUGCUGGGCGAGAGAGACAGAUGUGGUCCCUGUCCUUGCGGAAGGAACAUAAUGAAUCUCUGCAACUGGUCAAGCAGAGACCAUGGAUAGCAGGGCCUAUUAUCAGUGCCAUGGUAUUAUAACUUGCAUGAGGGUGACAGUGAAACAGGCCAGGACAACUGCGUGCAGUGGCCUCUGACCUUGAGAUUCAGGGAGUAGGGUAGACUGAAAGAUCUGGAAGCAUUAGAGGGCUCCCAGAAGGAAAACCUCUUAGAUGAAAGGUCAGUUCUGUGUCACCAAGAGUUAGGUAACUCUGUUCCUGUGACCCUCAGAGGGAUGACAUCAGUGGAGGGGAAGGGAAAAGUAGGACUGGUUUCAACAGUGAGGCCUGGUUGCCCAUCUUCAUAGCUUCUGCCCACAGUGGGAUUGUGGGUGCCCGGGGAAGGGAGCACACUGUGUCCUGAGUCAGGGCACCCAUGUAGCUGAAGCACUGAGUAGAUGGGGGUGCACAGAAGACUGGUCCCCUUGGGCCUCUUGUGGGCAGAAGUGGGGCUCUAUGCUAUGUGGCCAGGGGGACCCCGCACCAAGACCAAGAGGUGGGUGUUGGGAAAUAGAUGAGCAGAGGGUGACUGUGCUGGCGGAAGUAGACGGAGACGCUCCAAGUCAGAAAUCUGGAGCCUUGAGAACUCUAUGGGAAAUGAGAACAGCCCCCACGGUAGAGGUGAGUAGGCAAAGGCGUGAGUAAGCGUGAGGGUGGAGAGUAGGUGUGCACAGAAUCAGAGCUGGAAGGGAUCUUCAGUGUCAUUUAGAUCGACCUCCUACUCCACGAAGUCUUUCUGAGGCAUUCAACUCUACUUGGACACCUCAAGGUACGGGGAACUCACUCCCUUAAAGGGGGUACAUCCUGUAGAGCAGCUCGACCCUCCAGGACGAUCUGGAUGGGCCUGGAACUCCGACCUUGGCCUUGUUGAGUGAGCUGUCUUCCACCGGGCGGCGGUACCUGGAGAAGGUGGCGGGGUGGCGUGGGGGUUGCGGUGCGGAUGGGCCGGCGCUGCUGUCCCCAGCCCCAGUGCUGAGGCAGGCAGAGUGCAGUGGACUCUGGUGGAGGUCGGGAGAACUGCAGGGUAAAGGCCGCCGGGGGCUACGCGGGCUGCCGGGGGGAGGCACUUGACACCUGCCGGGGGAGAGGAGGGGCCGCUGUCCCUGCGGCCAGUGCUGGAUGCGGGGACCCAGCGCAAAGACAGCGCCAGGUGGAGCCACUGGAAGCCCAAACCCACAGGCAGCCCAGGGCAGAGUUUCACCGGAGUUCCACUCAGCAUCCGAAUCUAUGUCUAAGUUCUAACUCUUGCUUACAAAGACCACGAUAAUUCCUUCCCCAAAGCCGAGCAGCCCCGCAGCCCCGCGCAGCCCCAGCCUGCCUCCCGCGGUCCAGCUGCCCGCGAUGCCCUCCAGCGGCCCCGGGGACACCAGCAGCUCCGCUCUGGAGCGGGCGGAGGACCGCAAGGAGGGAGAGGAGCAGGCGGAGGCUCGUGGCAAGGAGGAGCGGCAGGAGCCCAGCACAACCGCACGGAAGGUGGGGCGGCCUGGGAGGAAGCGCAAGCACCCCCUGGUGGAAAGCAGCGACAUGCCAAAGGACCCUGCGGUGACCUCCAAGACCCCAUCCAUGGCCCAGGACUCAGGCCCCUCAGAACUGUUGCCCAAUGGGGACUUGGAGAAACGGAGUGAGCCCCAGCCAGAGGAGGGGAGCCCUGCUGGGGGGCAGAAGGGCGGGGCCCCAGCAGAGGGAGAGGGUGCAGCUGAGACCCUGCCCGAAGCCUCCAGAGCCGUGGAGAAUGGCUGCUGCACCCCCAAGGAGGGUCGAGGAGCAGAAGAGGGGCUCGGUGGGGUCGCUGUAACCCAGACCUGCCCUGGCCCGGGGGCGGACUCAAAGAGCCCCAGGGCACCUCUGGUGGGAGAGGGCAAAGAACAGAAGGAGACCAACAUCGAAUCCAUGAAAAUGGAGGGCUCCCGGGGCCGGCUGCGGGGUGGCUUGGGCUGGGAGUCCAGCCUCCGCCAGCGGCCCAUGCCGCGGCUCACCUUCCAGGCGGGGGACCCCUACUACAUCAGCAAGCGCAAGCGGGACGAGUGGCUGGCACGCUGGAAAAGGGAGGCUGAGAAGAAAGCCAAGGUGAUUGCAGUAAUGAAUGCUGUGGAAGAAAACCAGGGGUCUGGUGAGUCUCAGAAGGUGGAGGAGGCCAGCCCUCCUGCAGUGCAGCAGCCCACAGACCCUGCAUCGCCUACUGUGGCCACCACGCCUGAGCCUGUGGGGGCUGAUGCUGGGGAUAAGAACGCCACCAAAGCAGCCGAUGAUGAACCAGAGUACGAGGACGGCCGGGGCUUUGGCAUUGGGGAGCUGGUGUGGGGGAAACUGCGGGGCUUCUCCUGGUGGCCAGGCCGCAUUGUGUCUUGGUGGAUGACGGGCCGGAGCAGAGCAGCCGAAGGCACCCGCUGGGUCAUGUGGUUCGGAGACGGCAAGUUCUCAGUGGUGUGUGUUGAGAAGCUGAUGCCACUGAGCUCCUUCUGCAGUGCUUUCCACCAGGCCACCUACAACAAGCAGCCCAUGUACCGCAAAGCCAUCUAUGAAGUCCUGCAGGUGGCCAGCAGCCGGGCAGGGAAACUGUUCGCAGCAUGCCAUGACAGCGACGAGAGUGACACUGCCAAGGCCGUGGAGGUGCAGAACAAGCAGAUGAUCGAGUGGGCCCUCGGAGGGUUCCAGCCCUCUGGCCCCAAGGGCUUGGAGCCACCGGAAGAGGAGAAGAACCCCUACAAAGAAGUUUACACAGACAUGUGGGUUGAACCUGAGGCAGCUGCCUAUGCACCACCCCCACCAACCAAAAAGCCCCGAAAGAGCACAACUGAGAAGCCCAAGGUCAAGGAGAUCAUUGACGAACGGACAAGAGAGCGGCUGGUGUACGAGGUGCGGCAGAAGUGCCGGAACAUUGAGGACAUUUGCAUCUCUUGCGGGAGCCUCAAUGUCACCCUGGAACACCCUCUCUUCAUCGGAGGAAUGUGCCAAAACUGCAAGAACUGCUUCCUGGAAUGUGCGUACCAGUACGAUGACGAUGGCUAUCAGUCCUACUGCACCAUCUGCUGUGGGGGGCGUGAGGUGCUCAUGUGUGGGAACAACAACUGCUGCAGGUGCUUUUGCGUCGAGUGUGUGGAUCUCUUGGUGGGGCCAGGGGCUGCCCAGGCAGCCAUUAAGGAAGACCCCUGGAACUGCUACAUGUGCGGGCACAAGGGCACGUACGGGCUGCUAAGGCGGCGGGACGACUGGCCCUCUCGGCUCCAGAUGUUCUUCGCCAAUAACCACGACCAGGAAUUUGACCCUCCGAAGGUUUACCCACCUGUCCCAGCUGAGAAGAGGAAGCCCAUCCGGGUGCUGUCUCUGUUUGAUGGAAUUGCUACAGGGCUUCUGGUGCUGAAGGACUUGGGCAUUCAGGUGGAUCGCUACAUCGCCUCAGAGGUGUGCGAGGACUCCAUCACGGUGGGCAUGGUGCGGCACCAGGGGAAGAUCAUGUACGUCGGGGACGUCCGCAGCGUCACGCAGAAGCAUAUCCAGGAGUGGGGCCCGUUCGAUCUGGUGAUUGGGGGCAGUCCUUGCAAUGACCUCUCCAUCGUCAACCCUGCCCGCAAGGGCCUCUACGAGGGCACUGGCCGGCUCUUCUUUGAGUUCUACCGCCUCCUGCAUGAUGCGCGGCCCAAGGAGGGAGAUGAUCGCCCCUUCUUCUGGCUCUUUGAGAAUGUGGUGGCCAUGGGCGUUAGUGACAAGAGGGACAUCUCACGAUUUCUCGAGUCUAACCCCGUGAUGAUUGAUGCCAAAGAAGUGUCAGCUGCACAUAGGGCUCGCUACUUCUGGGGGAACCUUCCUGGUAUGAACAGGCCGUUGGCAUCCACUGUGAAUGAUAAGCUGGAGCUGCAGGAGUGUCUGGAGCACGGCAGAAUAGCCAAGUUCAGCAAAGUGAGGACCAUUACUACUAGGUCGAACUCCAUAAAGCAGGGCAAAGACCAGCAUUUCCCCGUCUUCAUGAAUGAGAAAGAGGACAUCUUAUGGUGCACUGAAAUGGAAAGGGUAUUUGGCUUCCCCGUCCACUAUACUGACGUCUCCAACAUGAGCCGCUUGGCCAGACAGAGACUCCUGGGCCGGUCGUGGAGCGUGCCGGUCAUCCGCCACCUCUUCGCUCCGCUGAAGGAAUAUUUUGCUUGUGUACCUCAGAACUUUCCUGCUAUUGAACAUUCUACUAGAAAGCAAACUUCCCAAAAGAGCAUCCAGGACCUCUUAGCUUUUGAGACAGGCCUGGGAGUGUCUGGUGGAGAUGCCCGUGUGAGUUUUGGUCUGGAGGCUUGGAAAUCCAAAAUAAGGACUGGCAGCCCCAUGCUCUCUCUGCAGCCUCUACAGAGGAUCCUUCCUUGCCUCGUCCAGCUUCAGGUGUCCCCAGAUGUUUCUUGGCUGGGGCAGCAUCAUUCCAAUCCCUGCCUCGGUCUCUGCAUGACCAUCUGUGUCCUCUCUGUUGGCAUCUGUGUGCAAAUUUCCCACUUCUUACAAGGACACCAGUCAUGUUGGAUUGGAGUACACCCUGAUGACCUCAUCUUAACUUGAUGACAUCUGCAAAGGCCCUCUUUCCA